AUGCGGGAAGGGGCCAAAGCAAAACCAGAGAACGUCACUGAGAGGUCAGAGCUGAAGGGCUCUCGAGAGCCUUUGACCGAGGGGUGGCCAACACCAGUGCCACCCUCCAAGCCAGACUGCGGCAUUGAGGGUGAGACAGUAAUUGGGAACAACAUACAGCUGACCUGCCAGUCAGCAGAGGGCUCCCUGACCCUGCAGUACAGCUGGAAGAGCUACGGCACCCAGAACCAGGAGCGGCCACUGGUCCCGCCAGCUAGGUCUCCGGAGGUGAGCAGCCUUCAAGCUGUGAAGCACCCUCCGAGCCCCGAUCCUGUGCUUCCCUGGAGCCCUCAGGCCACACCAGGCCACGUUCACCAGCAGCACUUCAUGUCCCGCCCACGAGCUGCGGGGCAGAGCAAGCAGCUGCUGAGGCUCUGUCCACGGGCCCUGCCUGCACCAGCCUCACCCUCUGCUCUCCCCUCAGUCUCAGGCCAGACCGUCUUUCUGAAGAACAUCUCCACAGACAUGUCGGGCUACUACAUCUGCACCUCCAGCAACGACGUGGACUUCUGCAACAUCACCGUGGCUGUCCGACCCCCCUCCAUGAACGUGGCCCUGUAUGCGGGCAUUGCUGGGGGCGUGGUGGCAGCCCUCAUCAUCAUCGGCAUCAUCAUUUACUGCUGCUGCUUCCAGGAAAAGGAUGACAAGGAGGUGGACAAAGAGGACACGAGGCCGAACCGGGCGGCUUACCAGGAGCCAUCAGAGCAACUGAGAGAGCUUUCCAGAGGGAGGGAAGAGGAAGAUGACUACAGGCACGAAGACCAGAGGAGCUCAGGGCGCGAAUCCCCUAACCAUGCUGGACAGUGAUGGGCCGCUGCAGCUGGGGGCAGGGAGGGUCGGGGCGCAGCCUCCUGCUUCCUGGCCUCCUUCUCCCAGGCCCAGCUCUGUCCUCCAGCCCAGGCAGUGGUGGGUGCACUUCUUCCCCAUGCUUGCUUCUGGGGGCCUGGCUGGUCUGGCUGAAGGAAUCCCACCUGUGACCAACCCGCCAACCCACUCCCCUGAAAAAUGACCCCUGCCCACUGCCACACCUAGUUCAGGGUCUGCCCCCAGACCUGGACCAGGCCACAGCCUCCAGCAGCUGAAGCUGGCGGGAGCUCCGGCAGGCGUGCACUGCAUGUGGGCAGCCCUGCUCAGAACUGCCCAAGGACGCCAUGCCAGCCCUUCAAGGGAGCCCAGAACCCAGAGGAGCACCCCACAGAGGGUUGCGCUUAGUGCAUUUUUGCUGAAAGAGUGAAAGAAUAAAUGAGUAUGUGGAGGACUCCAUUG